GACAGAGCAGCAGACUCACUGAAUCAUCACACACUCUCCAAGAAGAGGAGAGAGAGAGAGAGAGGGAGAGAGAGAGAGGGAGAGAGAGAGAGAGAGUCUACAGCAGAAGCAGAAUCAGAUGCAGAGCUGAGCAGAGCAGGUGGGGGUUGGAGCUGCAGCACAGUAAAGAAGAAAAAGGAAAGACCCCAGCUGAUCGCCCAACACCACAACCACCGGGACACUUCAAGAACCUCACUGCCACUCUCCAGUCUGCUGCACCCAGCUGACACCACUCCCCCUCUCUGAUUGCAAGCUGACCCUGUGCAUGACUGGUUUGCAUGCGGAGGAGCGGUCGUCUCUUCUGAUUCAGAAUGGGGCGUCUGUCUAAUCUGGUCGCUCUCGUGUCGUUGGCACUCAACCAUGCCAUUGUGCCGAGCAUCUCGACGGGGUCCAGCUAUGGGCCAGUGUUCGAGGAGCAGCCCUCCAGUGUUCUCUUCCCAGAGGGAUCGGCCGAGGAGAAGGUGACACUCUCCUGUCGAGCCAGAGCCAACCCCUCAGCUUCAUACAGGUGGAAGAUGAACGGCACAGAUCUGCGCUUGGACUCGGACCCGCGCUACAGCCUGAUGGCAGGUAACCUGGUGAUAAACACCCCAGUGCGUGCCCGGGACAGUGGCUCCUACCAGUGCCUCGCCACCAACCCCAGCGGCACGGUCAUCAGCAGAGAGGCCCUGCUCCGAUUCGGCUACCUCCAUGAAUUUUCUCCAGACGAACGAAGCCCUCUGACGGUUACAGAGGGAGUGGGAUUCACCAUACCUUGCAACCCUCCCCAGCACUACCCAGGCCUCUCCUACCGCUGGCUGCAUAAGGAAUUCCCGGAGUUCGUGCCAGCUGGGAACGGCCGCUGGUUUGUCUCCCAGGUGACGGGGAACCUGUACGUGGCGAGGGCGGAUCUUCCUGACGUGGGCAACUACUCCUGCUUCGCCACGAGCCGCAUUGACUUCAUCACCAAGAGCGUGUUCAGCAAGGCCACGCUGCUCAGAGUCAACAGCGACGCCAGUCACAGAAAAUACAGCCCCAGCAUCAAGGUGCGCUUCCCCUCCGAGACCUACGCCCUGGCUGGGCAGACCGCACAACUCGAGUGCUUUGCCUAUGGCAACCCAGAACCAGAGCUACAGUGGCGGAAGGUGGAUGGUUCUCUUCCCACCAAGGCCCUCCCCACAGCCAGGAAACCCAUCCUGCAGAUCCCUGAGCUGGGCUUCGAGGAUGAAGGAGUAUAUGAGUGUGAGGCCAAGAACUCUGAGGGCCAGGUCAGCUACCAGGGCAGGAUCACCGUGCAAGCCCAACCAGAGUGGCUGCAGGUGAUGAGUGACACGGAAGUGGAGAUCGCCUCUCAGUUGCGCUGGAGCUGCGCGGCUGCAGGAAAACCUAGACCCUCAAUGCGCUGGCUCCACAACGGGCUGCCCCUGAGCUCACAGGAUCGGAUCGAAGUGGACAAUGGAGAGCUGAGGAUCACUGGCCUGACCCUGGAGGAUUCUGGGAUGUACCAGUGUGUGGCAGAAAACAAACACGGCACCAUCUACGCCAACGCCGAGCUGAGAGUGCAAGUCCAGGCUCCUGAUUUCCGGUUGAACCCGGUGCGACGGUUGAUCCCGGCAGCCCGGGGGGGCGAGGUUAUAAUCGAGUGCCUCCCACGAGCCGCACCCAAACCCGUAGUGUUCUGGAGCAGAGGCACUGAGCUCCUCACCAACAACAGCAGGGUCACCAUCAUGGAGGACAGCAGCCUCUGGAUUCGGAAUAUCAGCCGUUCAGAUGGGGGAAAGUACACCUGUUUCGCUGAGAACUUUCUGGGGAAAGCCAACAGCACCGGGAUCCUCUCAGUCCGUGAUGGCACUAAGAUCACUCUGGCCCCCUCCAACGCUGACAUCAACCAGGGCGAGAAUGUCACGCUCCAGUGCCACGCGUCACAUGACCCCACCAUGGACCUGACCUUCACCUGGGCGCUGGACGGCUUUCAUCUGGACAUAGAGCAGACCGACGGGCACUAUCAGCGCGCCACAACAAAAGAAACUAUCGGAGACCUGCUUGUGCUAAAUGGCAAGCUGAAGCAUUCUGGGAGGUACACAUGCACAGCCCAGACCGUGGUGGACAGCGCAUCGGCCUCUGCAAUGCUCGUUGUGAGAGGUCCUCCGGGUCCACCAGGUGGGGUAGUGGUGACAAAUAUCAAGGAAACGGAGGUGGAGCUGAGGUGGAGCCGGGGGUAUGAUAACCACAGUCCCAUUGGGAAGUACACCAUCGAGUCCAGAAUGGCACUAUCUGCGGACUGGAAGAAAAUGCAGACUGACCUGCCGAAUAUCGAGGGUAACGCAGAGUCUGCCCGCAUCCUCAACCUCCUGCCCUGGAUGGACUACGAGUUCCGGGUCAUCGCCAGCAACAUCCUGGGGAGCGGCGAGCCCAGCAGCCCUUCACAAAGGGUCCGCACACGAGAGGCAGCUCCCACUGUCGCCCCUUCUGGACUGGGGGGAGGAGGCGGGGACAGGCAUGAGCUCAUUAUCAGCUGGACUCCAAUGGCCCGCCAGUACCAGAAUGGAGCGGCGUUCGGCUACAUCCUGGCAUUCCGAAAGAAGGCAGACCUGGACUGGCGUCUGGAGAAAGUGGCCAACGUGGAAUCAUCCCGCUUCAUGUACCGCAACGAAACCACAACCGCGUACUGUCCCUUCGAGGUCAAAAUCAAAGGAUACAACCGCAAGGGAGAGGGCCCUUUCAGCCAAACCGUCCUCAUUUACUCUGCAGAGGAAGAACCAACGGUGGCCCCCAGAAGAGUGAAUGCCAGCAGCAUGUCUGCUUUCGAAAUGCUGGUGUCCUGGGACCCAGUCCAGAACCUCUCCCUCAACGGUGUGCUGCGUGGAUAUGAGAUCCGUUACUGGAGGAAGAAUGAUAAUGAGGCGGCUGCAGACCGAGUUAGGACGGCCGGGCUGGAGACCUCUGCACGAGUCUCAGGCUUGAGGCCUAGCACCCUGUACCACGUGGCAGUGCUGGCCUACAACAGUGCAGGGACUGGACCUCCCAGUCCCACCACCACCACUACCACCAAGAAACCACCUCCCAGCCAGGAGCCUGGCAAUGUUUCGUGGAGGUCUGAUGGAUCGUGGGUAACGGUGGCCUGGGAUCCCGUCAAGGCACUGAAGAAUGAAUCAGCCGUGAUGGGAUACAAGAUCCUGUACAAGCAGGAGGGUCAGGCAGUGCUGAAGGUCCUGGAUAAGGGGAAGACCUCCAUCCAGCUGCCCCUACCCCGGGACAACGGCUAUGCUGUGCUGGAGAUCCGAGCCUGGGGGGAAGGGGGGGACGGAGCCCCAAAAGAGGUCAUUGUCUCCCAGGACUCAGGCACCGGCAUGAUGGUUCAAAACUCAGCAACAGAGCACACCUCUCUGCACACCGUCUUCAGCACCACCCUUGUAAUGCUCGCUCUCAUUGGCUUACUGGAGCACUGACUCCAGCCAGAAUGAAUCUCAUUGGUCGGAUACACGUUUCUUUUUAAAACAGGAAGAAAAAAUAAAGGACGCUUUUUUUGUUGUUUUUUUUUUCCUUUCUUUUAGAAAACCAGAAGAUUUCGUACUACUGUGAAGGCUGUUUUUGAGGAACCUAAUGACUUUUAUCAAGGUCUACGGAAAGACUGACAAAUGUGAUUUAAACAAUCAUUUUCGAUAGAAACCUGCCUUAUGGAUUAUUAACUUGAAUAUUUAGAGUUUUUAGAAAGUAACUAUACCUUCACAUAGAGCAACAAGGCAUAGCUGUGAGCACGCUCAGUGUCAUGUGAAACACAGCGCAGCUGAGUGGUGAUGGAAGCACAGUCUGUAAACCAGGGGCGUACCCAGCAGUUUGUAACACUCUGGAGAUGCAUGUAAAGGUUUUUCCUAUGACAUGCAGUGGGCUGUAUUCUAAAAGCACAUCUUGGCCUCCUUUAAGAUUGCUCUGCCUUGUAGAUCCAGUGUAUAAAAGCAGUUCUUUGAGACUGCCAGUGUGCUUCAUGAAUGCAGCUGAUGCUUUGGUAGAAUUUGUCUCAUGAGCCACGACCUUUGCCUUGUGUAAAAGAUCCUGAAUUCCCAUGACCGCACUGAUCAAAGCCUCACAGCUCAUUGGCUAAAAGCUUUAAAUCUUGUUUUCGCAUGGCUUCUUUUUUUUUUUCAAGCUGUAAAUAUAGUUGUAUAUUGAAUGACUGAAUGUGAGGGCUAUAUAGGUCGUGAGAUAUGCCUGAGUCUAGACAGUAGAAUAAUUCAUGCACUUCACAAUUUGAAGCUGUUUCCUUGUACGAAUGUCAACACAGUUGGGUACACCCCAGCUGGGGAGAAAAACAGCUAUGUUUGCAAAGCAUACUGGGAGUUGUAGUUUUAUUCAGCAUUCGUUCUGUAAGCAAUCAUGUUACGAUUAACAGUAAGCAUCCAUUUCUACUGUUCCAUUUUUCUAAGCUUGAUCAACUUAAUCUCUCAAGGCUGUUUUAUUAACUUUAUUACAAAUGGAUCAAAACUGAUUAUAUAUACUGAGCAUCAAAAGAAACGUAUCACUUAUAUCUGAGCAUCAAAAGAAACGUAUCACUUAUAUCUGAGCAUCAAAAGAAACGUAUCACUUAUAUUUGGAUAAAAUUCACUAGAUGUGAUCGAAAAAUGACAAACUCUGUUUCAGAGCAGGUGCAUUGACUUUUUAUAGUGCUAAUUAACAAUUGACACCACAAAGAUGCUGCAAUAUGAUCUGUCGAUCUUGGGCAGGUGCUGUGACUCUUGGUCUCCCAAUUCGUGGCCUGUCAUUGACAGAGUGUGUCUGGUUAUACCGUCUCGCCAGUUUUGAAAUUGCUGGCUGUGAGCUCCCAAGACGGCGAGCCACAGUACACUGCCCUAGUCCAGCCUCCAACAUGCCGAUUGCACGAAGGCGCUGCUCUCUUCACAGAAGUGGCAUAUUGGUUUUUUUCUGUGAUUUUCUUUAUUGCUUUUAUUCAAGCUUGCAAUUCAACAGCUAAAAUCACUCCAUGUCCAGUGUCCAAUCAAUUGUCGCACUAAUUAGGUGAUUAAGUGCAUAUGCUUCAGUCAUAGUCACUCAAGCGUGUCAUGGUCAAGGAUGAAUGAUCGAGUGAUUAAAAAGAAACCAGAAACAUUUUGUCAAUGUCCAUCAUUUCUAUACCUUAUUUUCUUUCGAAAAUAAAUGUGUUAUAAUAGUGAUACGUUUCUUUUGAUGCUCGGUAUACAUUCUGUUUACUAAAAACUACAGCUCCAGUCUCUUUUAUACAUCUCUCUUCGCAUAGAUCAAUAAUGGUACACAUGGGGUGUACAUCCUGUAGGUGGUAAAUGGGAUGGGCUCAGUACACCUCCCCACACACACUUUUUCAAAGUGGACACAAUUCCAUUAGUCCCUUCCAUUCUUCUGUUUAGUUUUAACAAUUUCACCAAUUGCUUUGGAUGAAAAAAACCAUAUCCAAUGAACAAAUCUGUAGAUGCAAUAGUAAAUGCUUCCACACUGGGAUUUGAAAAAAGCAUUGACAUUGACACCUUCCCUGCUUGGUCUCCCUAUUUAAACAAUAAAGGCUUUUUACAAAUCUUGUACUAAUUUAAAACUGUUAAUGUUACAAAACAGGUACCAUGAGGAAUCCUUAUAUUACCUUCUGUUUGUGUACACUUCCAGGGCCAUACAUUUAAAAUGCCUUUGAGUGAAGAACAAACCCCAGAUCUUCCUAUCUGCGAGAGGUUUUGGGGUAUUUUGGAGCACUAGGGUGUUUACAUGCAGUAUGUGUCAUUUCACAUUGUAUGUCUGUCUGUAAGAGCCUUUUGAAAUCUCUUGAACACUGCAGUUCUUCUUGAAGAUCUGAACUCUUUUCAGAUGUACUGUAUGUGAUUUUUAUUAAAAAUUAUGUUGGGAUGAUUUUGACGCUACUUAACUAUACGGAUUCCUGGUCACAGAUAACAGGUCACAAAAUUCUACAGACUGCUUUCAGGGCUGUUGGUGUUCUGGUUAGCAGAAGCAAAGUUUCUCUAAAACAGUUGCAAAAAAAAAAAACAGUCCUUAUCAAAACAUUCCUGAAACCAGUCCUUAAAAUGUUAUAUAUAUAUCUGGCCCGAAAUGUUUUUAAUAAAAACACAUCGUAAUACAACCUCACUGCACCAGGCUUCUGUGGAAUCUGUUAGCAUAUGGAACCAUCAUUCAAGUAGCUUCAAAAAUCCCCCAAUGAAAAAGUUAAGGCAUACUGUAUAUCAACUACAUUUUCGUAGAACUGCAUUUGUUACCUGUAUCAUAUCCUAAUUGGUCUGUUCUGUAUGAUUUUCUAUUGCUGUUUCUGCUCAUAUCACUAUUUAUUUAUCAGAAGCCCUUUUUGUUGGAAUAGUUAGUAAGCAAUGAGCAUUGAGGAGUCUUUUCAGAAGCAAUGUUGGCUGGUAUAAUUGGUCAUCACGGCAAACAACGAUCUAAGCAGAAGCCGCAAUAGAGAAUCAUACAGGACACAAAUAGCAUUAGAAAUGAAAGAUUAGGAAAACGUAACUGACACAAAGCAUUUCUUUCAGGCUUUGAGAUUAGUCACCCAGCAUUGUAAUUGUCUCUUAAUUUGCUAUGGGCACUGUUAUUAACAAACCUCGUGCAAUGAGUUUGGAUCUCAAUUAUACAGUGUAGUUUUAGAUCACAGUUUCAUUGCAGCUGUGUUUGUAUUGUUUGUACGGG